AUGGAUGCCCUCUCGGUCUCCUUACGCAUUCAACCCACCUCUGCACACAGCAGCCCUGACCUGGACGUGGAGGCCGGGCGGAGCUGGCGCUGCAGAAAGGCCACGGUCACAGUCCCGCAGGGUGACCACGGGGUGAACUCUCCGCAAGGCGGCCCGAAUCCAAAUACCUGGGCUUGGAGGUGGAGGCUGACAACCCGGCGCGCCUGCACGCUGCUGCGGGCGCCCGAGGCCGUUCCCACGGAAACAGCCCCGAGCACUCACGGCGCCUGCGCCUCUUCUCGCCCCGCCCCGGACCGGGACGGCAAGGGGCGGGCAGCGAGGAGGAGAACCCAGAGCCGGGACGGCCGCCUCGGGAGACGCCGGAACUUUCGAGGGCCGGGGCUGUGGGCCGUGGGGGGACGGCGGGACCGAACGCGCGAGCGCACCGAGGCUUCCGCAGGCUCCUCCCUCCGCGUUUCCUGCAGGCGCGCUCCUCGCCGGCGCACGCUCUCCGGCGUCCUGGCUGCCCCGGCCGUGGUCGCGGUGGUCCGAGCGGUGGCCUGGCUGCUGCUGCUCUGGGAGGCAGCUGAGCUCGCCUGCAAGUCCUCCGCGGCCCUCGCUGCCGCCCACACCGAUGCGGGCAUAAAGGCCAGUUGUUCUGAAAUUAUUUUGCGGCAAGAAGUUUUGAAACAUGGUUUCCACAGAGACCUUUUAAUGAAAGUGAAAUUUGGAGAAAGCAUUGAGGACUUACAGACCUGCCGACUCUUAAUUAAACAGUACAUCCCAGCAGGACUUUUUGUGGAUCCAUAUGAGUUGGCUUCAUUACAAGAGAGAAACGUAACAGAGGCAGUCAUGGUUUCAGAAAAUUUUAAUAUAGAAGCUCCCAACUAUUUGUCCAAGGAAUCUGAAGUUCUCAUUUAUGCCAGACAAGAUUCACAGUGCAUUGAUUGUUUCCAAGCUUUUUUGCCUGUGCACUACCGCUAUCAUCGGCCACAUAGUAAAGAUGGAGAAACCUUUAUUGUGGUCAAUAACCCAGAUUUACUGAUGUAUUGUGACCAAGAGUUUCCAAUUUUGAAGUGCUGGGCUCAGUCAAAAGUGGCAGCUCCUUGUACUUUGAAGAGUAAGGAUAUUUGCCAAUGGAACAAUAUGAAAUAUAAAUCAGUGUACAAGAAUGUGACUCUACAGGUUCCAGUGGGACUGACUAUACAUACCACUUUAGUAUGUUCUGUAACUCUACUUAUUACCAUCCUGUGUUCUACUUUGAUUCUUGUGGCUGUUUUCAAAUAUGGCCAUUUCCCCCUAUAAGUUUUCUGCAAUUAAAUGCUUUCCAUAAACCUAAAUAAGACCUAA